AAUGGGUCCGGGUUAACAUAUGGUGUUUUAGGCCCAAAUCCUUAUUCAUCUCUAACCUAGCAAUUCACGUUUUGCAAAUUCGCGUUUGGUGCUUUCUGAACCAAACGAGCACUCUGUCUCUCGCAUACAGUAAAAGCAAAUUGUGCCGACGAACCAUCGCAUCUUUUGCCGGCGAACUACCACACUUCGCUGCAACGGAUUCUGCAUAGAUAGAGAGAGUUUGAUAAUAAGUAAGAAAGGAGAAAAUGAAGCUUGACGUAGACGUUUUGAGAUAUCUCUCCAAAGAUGAUUUUAGGGUUCUUACCGCCGUUGAAUUAGGCAUGAGAAACCACGAAAUUGUACCUAUUGAACUCAUUGAUCGAAUCGCUCGUCUCAAGCAUGGUGGCACCUACAAGGUCUUGAAAAACUUGCUUAAACAUAAGCUGUUACAUCACGACUCUUCUAAAUAUGACGGGUUCCGCUUAACCUACCUUGGUUAUGAUUUUCUUGCCAUCAAAACAAUGGUGAACAAAGGAGUUUUUGUGGCUGUUGGUCGCCAGAUUGGUGUUGGAAAGGAAUCUGAUAUAUUUGAGGUUGCUACUGAAGAUGGAACUGUUUUAGCUAUGAAGUUACAUAGGCUUGGUAGAGUUUCUUUCAGAGCUGUUAAAUCGAAGCGUGACUAUUUAAGACAUCGUAGUAGUUAUAAUUGGCUCUAUUUAUCUCGUCUUGCUGCGCUUAAAGAGUUUGCUUUCAUGAAGGCUUUGGAAACACAUGGCUUUCCCGUUCCACAAGCUAUUGAACAUAAUCGACAUUGUGUAAUCAUGUCACUUGUCCAAGGUUAUCCUUUCGUUCAGGUGAAGCAAUUACAAAAUCCAGAGACAGUUUUUGAGACAAUUAUUGGUAUAAUUAUUCGGCUGGCAGAACAUGGUCUCAUUCAUUGUGAUUUCAAUGAAUUUAACAUCAUGAUUGACGAUGAAGAAAAAAUUACUGUGAUUGAUUUUCCACAAAUGGUGUCUGUGUCGCACCGUAAUGCAAAGAUGUACUUCGAUCGUGAUGUUGAAUGUAUCUUUAAGUUUUUCAGAAAGAGGUUCAAUAUGUCUUUUCAAGAAAGCAUAGAUGAUAACGACGAUUCUGAUAAAGGGAAAAACGAAGCUGGAAAACUGUGUUUUUCUUCAAUAGACAAAAGUGCUGGUGUUCUAGAUAAGGAACUUGCUGCUAGUGGCUUUAGUAAAAAAGAUGAUGAAGAUAUUCAGAGAUUUAUUGAAUGUGAGGUGGAGACUGAUACAAAUUCUGAUAGUGAAGAAGAUGUUGACUUGGCGAGUAACCUGAAUGAAGCAGACGAUCUAAAUGUUGAUUCUUUACAUUUGUCAGAGCAGGAUGCGGGACAUGAAAGUCAAGGAAAAGAGGAGAGCGCUGAAGCAGGUGAAAACAGUGGAUCUGAAACGGGAUCUGAAAAGGAAGAGGGAAAUGAUACGGAGGAAACCAAUGAAAUUGAAGCCGAACUAACAAAGAGCUUGAGUAAGCAAAGACAACGUGCUAUAGCAUCAGCCCGUAGGGGACGGAAGACACUUGCAUCCAGGAAUAAUUACAAAGACAAGGGUGGUAGGUCAUCUCAAAGUUCUAAGGUUCAAAUGAGCGGCUGGUGAGAUAUAUAGGAAGACAAUACCCAUGUCAUUGACCUCAUGUCAUUCAAAUAUGUUGAAGUGAACCGGAAAAUACUGAAUAUGUUGAAGUGAGAUAUAUAGGAAGACAAUACCCAUGUCAUUGACCUCAUGUGAUUCGAAUAUGUUGAAGUGAACCAGAAAAUACUGAAUAGAGUUUCAACCGUGUGCCAUCUAUUAGGACUAAAUUAUCUGUUUAAAAUUCAAACAUAUGUAUGGACUAUAGUUCAGAAUUGAUUUGGUUUUGAGUUUGUUUUCUUCCUGUAGGGAGAAUAAUUAUAUUCUUUUUGAAUGAAAAUUUUGCCUUCCUAUUC